ACCAAAAAACAGCUUCGGCUGCAGUUUCAAUUAAACGCGACGUGACGAUCCAGGCCGUAUCAUUGUGCUGUUCUCUAAAGACCGCGGGUUGUUUCCCCGUCGCCAUUUUCAGCCGCCAGACGGCUCGGUGUGAUAAUGGACACCGACUAUUCGUCCGGCUUGGAAAACCCUCUGUACAGCGAGCUGAAAUACUUCUGUCGGAAGAUACAGGAGGCUUACAACGAGCUGAAGGAGGACCUGACACCUUACCGAGAUGAUCGCUUUUACAGAUUGGCUCCUAUGCGGCUCUACACCCUGUCCAAGAGGCAUUUUGUCUUGGUCUUCGUGUUGUUCCUGACCUGCUUCGCCCUCACUGUCUUUAUUGGCAUUGCAGGUCCUAAGGUUAUUUUAGAGCAAGAACACAAUGGUGGUCAGUUACUUUCCAAAAACCUUUCCGUUAAGACUGGGCCUUUCAAUCUUGUUUCUCCUCCCCUCACCACCUACAAUCAGCAGCUAUGGCUCACCUGCGUGAUGCAGGCUGAACACAGCAAUAUGGGAGACUUCCAGCAGCCUUUUGAGAUCAAUGUUGAACUGAAAGGAGUGACGCAGGAUGCCAGCAUAAUGCAAAUCAACAAAGUGCACCCGAAAUCGCGAAUGCUACACUGCGGGACUAGCUGUGAUGAGAUCAUUGUGCUCCAUCUGGGCUAUCUGAGCUACACCCAGUACCAGGUCAAGGUCAGCUUCAAAGGCCUUGAAAAUAUCACAUAUGAAAUGAAAGUCAAGUUUGUGUGGAAAACAUACAACCCCACCUUCUCGCAAGUGGAGAUCUGGUUCCGGUUUGUCUUUGUGGUCUUGACGUUUAUGGUGACGUGUAUGUUCGCACACUCACUGAGGAAGUUUUCUAUGAGAGAUUGGGGCAUAGAACAGAAGUGGAUGUCUAUUCUGCUCCCCUUGCUGCUACUCUACAAUGAUCCAUUCUUCCCGCUGUCAUUCCUGGUGAACAGCUGGUUUCCGGGAACGUUAGACGCAUUCUUUCAGGCUCUGUUCCUGUGUGCCCUGCUGCUCUUCUGGCUCUGUGUUUAUCAUGGCAUCAGGGUUCAGGGUGAGAGGAAAUGUCUGACGUUCUACCUGCCUAAGAUGAUCAUUGUAGGUCUUCUGUGGCUCUCGGCGGUUACUCUGGGCAUAUGGCAAACGGUUAAUGAACUCCAAGACCCUACCUAUCAGUACAAAGUGGACAUAGGGAACUUUCAGGGCAUGAAGGUCUUCUUCCUGAUUGUAGUUUCCCUCUACAUCCUCUACCUGAUCUUUCUGGUCGUCAGAGCUUGUUCUGAACUCAAGAACACGCCUUACUCGGAUCUGCGGCUCAGGUUUUUGACAGCGCUGACGUUUGUGGUCCUUGUUAUAAGCAUGGUUAUCCUCUACCUGAGGUUUGGUGCCAAGGCCCUUCAAGACAAUUUUGUUGCUGAGCUGUCUACUCAUUACCAAAACUCAGCUGAAUUUUUAUCAUUCUACGGCUUACUCAACUUCUACUUGUACACAUUAGCAUUUGUGUAUUCUCCCUCCAAGAAUGCUCUUUAUGACUCCCAGUUGAAGGAUAAUCCUGCUUUCUCCAUGCUAAAUGACUCAGAUGAUGAAGUAAUAUACGGGAGUGAUUAUGAAGACAUGCCUUUGCAAAACGGACGUGCUAUCAAAGCAACCGCCAAGUACCAGGAUGAGAGUGACAGUGACUGACGGGAUCCCUGUGCACCUGUUGGAAACUGAGAAUACAAUACAACAAACUACAUGUGUAUGUGUAAAUAAGAAGUACCUGCAUUGUUAGUACAAUAUACUGUAAGUGUACAUAAAUAUAUUUUUAAAAAAAAAGACAAGUACCAUGUCAGUUGAAUGUACUGUAUUUUAACAGACAGUUCAGGCAUGUAGCCACUCAAACUUUUUUCAUUCAUGCUUUCAACCUCAUCUAUAACAAAGGAAACAAACUCUGAUGUAAAGUAGUUUUUACCAAUUUGUCAACCAGCAUUUCUUCACAAACUGAUUGAAAGAACUGGGGAAAGUGCUAAUAUUAAUUAGGGACUUUUUUGUGAGUGUGGGUGAAAUCAGUGUGGGUUCUUUUUUUUUUUUUUUUUUUUUUUCGUUAAACCACUGUUGUCUCUUAGUACUUGCACUGUGUUGUUUUUACCAUUUCUUUCUGCUCACUAAGAUGAAUGAUAACGCAUGUGUCUGGCCAAAGAUGAGUAACGUCGUAUUGGUGGUAUAAAUCAAAUGAGGCUUCCACUGCAGCAGCUGUUAAAAGUGUGCUCUAACUGUACAUAUCUUGCACUCAUGCGUUUGAUGAAUUGGGGAUUUGAGUGCCAUAGCGAUAUUGCUGUUAACAAAUUCUUUGUCUUCAGACAUGUUAAAAAAACAUAACAGAGAGCCUUAAUGGGAGAAGGUACCACUGAUUUCUUAAUACUCCUCCUAUUCUUUCCCUGGAAAGAAACUUGCACUUGUUUAAGAAUUUGUAUUUAUUUUGCCAAAAGUUGAUGACAUUUCAUACUGUAUUAUUUCAAAACCUGGAUGGAUGGAUUUUGAUGAACUGCAAGGAUUUUUUUUACACAACUUUAUAUAUAUGGACUACUGAUCUGUUCAUUAUUUCUUAUCACAGCACACCCAGUAGGUAUAUGAUUGUCCAAAUACAUUAUGCCUUAUGUGAAACAUAUUAUUUUAAGUUACUUUAUUUCCCUGUAACUUUCCUUGUAUUGCCUACAACAGUAGACUUGCUGUCCCUUGUUUUCUAAAACUGGAGUUUAUGGACAAUAACAGCCAUAACAAAUUUGAUUCUGUUCUUUACAAAUGAUAUCACCACAUGUAUGAUAAUCAAGAUGGUGCCUUGUCUUUUCAUCACUGUUUUGUUUUAAGUGGGCAGCAGUCUCAAAUUUGUAAAUGCUUUGACAUAAAAGUAUAUUUAAGGUUUUUUUCAUUGUGAAUGAAGCUUAUCAUAGUUUAUGGUCUUGAAUUGAGGUUGUUGUGGGUCCUGAUUUAUUGGAAGUUCUUUGAAUUUUUUUUGCUUUAUGAGAUAAAAGCUGUACAUGUAGCACUCUGUCAUAUUGUGUAAAUAAAGUAUAUAAAACAAUGAA